UGCGAAUCGCCAUUGGCGCUUGCGUUACCCAAAAGUCCUAAAAUAAAUGAUUGAUGUCACCAGUUUAUGUUAAAAUUUACUUUUAGUUAUUAUAUUAGAUAUUCUGCCAUCAAUUCAAUUUUCACUAUUUUAUACUUUGUGGUUCACCAUACGAGACAACAGCAGACGGAUCCGCGAACAUACGAACCGGGAAAAUCCAUAUGGAAUUAUGCACGCUACGCUAUGCGCAUAAGAGUAUCCGCCAUCUGUAAUUUUACUUUCGUAUGAGUAUUCACUAUUCAUUUUCAUUGCGAGUAAUCAAUUCAAUUAGGCCCUUAGAGAUUAUAAGAAAAUAACUAUUUUAAUGUUGGGUUUAUAUUAUAUCGUGUCGAGCUGAUUAGGUGGUGGCUAGCGCCGGAUCAAGAUGAUGACCAGUUUUCAACAGCAAAAGUAUAAUCAGAUGCAACAGCAACAAACUAUCCCGCCCAUGCCUCAACCAUUGAUGUCCGCUGUGCCGCCACCGCUACCACCCAGUUUGCCUCCCCAUGCAAUGUUAGGUCCACAGGGAUUAAUGCCACCUCAACCAUCACCCCAUAUCGGACUUCCACCGGGCUUGCCACAGCCUCCCAUUCCAGGUCCGCCCCCUAUGUUAGUUCAACCUCCUUUACCCCCAAUGAUUCUUCAGCCCCCGUUAAUGCCCCAUCAACCUCCGCCUCUACAUUCUCCUAAUCCACCUUCGUUACCAACAAAUUCUGAAUAUGACGACCAGGAAUAUAAUCAGAAUCAAUCUUAUGAUGACCCGCCGGCACCUGGAACAGAAGAACCGCCGUGUAAAACGCCCAAAUUGGAAGGCGACAACAUCGACUAUAUUUAUGACUUAGAGCAGACUGGCGAAGUUGUUACAGGUCCAGGUGCAAUUGACAACUCCGUAGCGGGCAUUUUAGGAGGGGCUCUACCAAAACUGUCUUCUGACCAGAGUGAAUCAGUUGCUAAAGCUAAGAAAUAUGCAAUGGAACAAAGUAUAAGAAUGGUGCUUAUGAAGCAGACAAUUGCUUAUCAACAACAGAAAAAUAAAACAUUCCAAAGGCAUCAAGUGCUUGUUUUGAUGUGCAGAGUGUACGUUGGUUCAAUAAGUUUCGAGCUCAAGGAGGAUACCAUUCGGCAAGCGUUCCUGCCCUUCGGCCCCAUUAAAUCAAUUAAUAUGUCCUGGGAUCCCGUUACACAAAAGCAUAAAGGUUUUGCUUUUGUGGAAUACGAAAUCCCAGAGGCAGCGCAAUUAGCGCUUGAACAAAUGAAUGGGGUUAUGAUCGGAGGGCGGAACAUCAAGCUUAUGCAAUCGUCAAAGAACCCCGACCAGAAUAGAUUAGUUGUGGGUAGACCGAGCAAUAUGCCUCAAGCGCAAGCGGUUAUUGAUGAAAUUCAAGAGGAGGCAAAACAGUAUAAUAGAAUUUAUGUUGCGUCUAUUCAUCAAGACCUUACCGAGGAGGAUAUUAAAAGUGUCUUCGAGGCCUUUGGCCCCAUCGUUUACUGCAAACUAGCGCAGGGAAGUACUGGCAAUAAACACAAAGGGUACGGUUUUAUUGAAUACGAAACUGCCCAAGCGGCUAAUGAAGCUAUUGCCAGUAUGAAUCUUUUCGAUUUGGGCGGACAAUAUCUAAGGGUUGGAAGAGCCAUAACUCCACCCAACGCCCUCCUUGGACCCUCUACGGGUUCGAACGCUUUACCCACGGCGGCAGCGGUGGCCGCGGCCGCUGCUACAGCUAAAAUUCAAGCUAUGGAUGCUGUCGCUAGUAAUGUAGCUGCCUUAGGUUUAACAAAAUUAGCCCAGACGCCUGCUGCCGCCGCAAUACCGUUGGUUGCACCAACGACAACUAUACCAGUGGCUCCGGCAUUGGUGGCUCCAACUACGACUACGGCACCCAUUGGAGCUCCCGGCAUUACGAUACCAACUACGGUGGUGCCGCCGCCUGGAGUGGCGAUACCACAAAAAUUACCCAACAAUGUGAUACAACCGGCUAUUGUUCAACCGGUGUUAAGCGGCCCAAUUUCAACAGUACCUGUAGUGUUACCAACUCAAGCAGCCCCACAAGUCUCUAGUCGAACCACAGUUGCUCAUCAACAAGAAGCCAUGAAGCGCGCUGCCGAAGCCCAACUGAAGCAGCAACAAGAAGAAUUACAGAAAAAACUGUUGGAUCAAAAUGAACCGCAAACCCUACAGCAGCAAGAAAAUAUGUCAAUAAAGGGUCAAAACGCACGACAUUUUGUAAUGCAGAAGUUGAUGCGGAAGGUGGAUUCGCGAGUGGUGAUGUUAAGGAAUAUGGUUGGCCCUGAAGAUGUAGAUGAAACGUUACAAGACGAAAUCCAAGAGGAGUGUAGUAAAUAUGGCCAAGUAGAACGGGUUAUUAUAUACAACGAACGGCAGAGUGAGGAGGACGAAGAUGACGUAAUCGUGAAAAUAUUCGUCGAGUUUUAUGAAUCGUGGGAGGCGGAAAAAGCGAGAGAUGCCCUUUCAGGAAGGUAUUUCGGAGGUAGAUUGGUGCAAGCAUCGUUAUAUGACCAAGCAUUGUUCGAUCAUAGUGACUUUUCUGGUUAUUAAAUGAUAACCCUAGUGAUUUUUACAAGUGACACUUUUCUACUGUGUAGGAAGACGAAAAUGAACUUUUUUUAAUAAACCCGUUAUUUAUAUCGAUUUCGACAAAAUAUUCUAAAAAGCAAUGAUUUGGUGUGACUCAAAAAAGUUGCAAGUUUGUUAAAAGUGAAUUAACUUCAUCGUUGUAAAUAAAUUAUUUUAAAAAGA